GCUCUGAUGGCGGCCGCGGCAGCCGCGGCCCGUGGCGGGGGCGGGUCGGGCGGCUCCGGAGGCAGCGGGGCCGGAAGAAGCGCGGUGGCCCGGGUGGGGCAGGUGCUAGAAGUCGUCCCAGGUUUGGAAGAUGUCAUCGCCCGCGGGAGCCCAGCUCAGUCCGCGCGACAGAGAAAGUGGAGAAGGGGGCGCCCCUGUGGUCCCACUGUCAGGAGUCGGGGCAGGCAAGGACGUGGGUGUCCUGCCAAGUGCCCCACACGGAGCAGGCCCCUCUGGCCUCCUUCCCCGGUUGGGGACAGGGACCCUCCGGGCACUUGUUUGUUGUGUCUGCCCGGCCGGCAGGCUGGACUGGACUCCUCCCUGCCCCUCCCGAGGUCGGGUUUGUCACCACCCCCGGUCCCAGGGGACAAAGGUCGAUUUGCGGGCAGGAAGUGCCCCGUGAUAAGUUAAUCUCUUGCCAGCCACUGCUCCCCGAGCCCUGCGCUAAUGGGGGGUUGCUCCCCCCAGGCAGGGGCAGGUGAAGUUUGGGGAACCUCGGGUGCCCGGCCGUUCUUCCGCUUGUCCCAAGGACUGUCUUGGUCAAAAUCUUUCCUGCCCGGGCUGUUUGUGGGGUUCGGCCCUUUUGGGGAACACACUGUGAAUGCCAGCUGGAUUGCAGUCCAGGAGCUGGAGAAGCUGGGGCUCGGUGACAGCGUGGACCUGCAUGUGUAUGAGAUUCCAGUGGAGUACAAGACAGUCCAGAGGCUCAUCCCCGCUCUGUGGGAGAAGCACAGUCCACAGCUGGUGGUGCAUGUGGGGGUGUCAGGCAUGGCGACCACAGUCACGCUGGAGAAGUGCGGGCACAACAAGGGCUACAAGGGGCUGGACAACUGCCGAUUCUGCCCUGGCUCCCAGUGCUGUGUGGAGGAUGGGCCUGAAAGCAUUGACUCCAUCAUUGACAUGGACGCUGUAUGUAAGAGGGUUACUACACUGGGCCUGGAUGUGUCAGUGACCAUCUCACAAGAUGCCGGCAGGUACCUCUGCGACUUCGCCUACUAUACCUCUCUGUACCAGAGUCACGGCCGCUCAGCCUUUGUUCACGUGCCCCCUCUGGGCAAGCCCUACAAUGCAGACCAGCUGGGCCGGGCACUUCAGGCCAUCAUCGAGGAGAUGCUGGACGUCCUAGAGCAGUCAGAAGGCAAACUCAACUGUUGCCACAAACACUGAUUGCUGCUCAGGCCUCCCAAGACCUCAUUCUGCCAGGGACCCUGAGAGAGACGUCCGCCCUCCAGGGCCUGACUGGGAAGGACGAGCCCAUCAGCUGGGGAUCUGUUUUGGAUCAAAUAUGCCAACUUACACACCUCCUCUCCCUUUUUCUCUGCAAAAGCACUGGUUGGUUCGAAGGCCGCAGUGAAGAUUUUUUUUCUCUAUUUCUCUUUGCAUCUGGGGAUACAGCUGUGGCAGCCAGGAAGCCGGGAGGUCCUGAUUUCUGCAGAGAACCCCGCUCAGGUGUCUCUAUUCCGUGAUCCCAUGGCUGGGGCUACCUGCCAUUCUAAGUCGGUGGUGGAGGGAUUCCAGAGUUCCCUCCGUCCGUGACUGUUUCUUCCCAAAUGUAAACACGUCAUGGAGACUCUCUACCCCGAUCCACGUCCCAGCAGCCUGGACAGCCCUGGCAAGGGCCGCCUUGGGACGUGGCAUGGCUUUUUUUCUUCUUUCUUAUUCUCUUUUUAAAAACAAUAGUGCUAGUUUGGGCACAGAGUAAUUUAUAUUCCCUUUGGUUAAAAUGCGGGCUUUAGCCAAACACAGAAGUGUCUUUUCUUUUUCCUGGGGUGCAGCCCCUUCAGCCUCCUGCCCUGAACACUGGACCUACAACUUUGUUUUGGGGGUGACAUUGAGGUCCCCUUGCUCAGGGCUUGUGGCACUGGGCCCAUGGCCAGACCACGGGGAGCGGGGGGUGGCUGGUGCCCCAGGAGACUGAAAGGGUUGGCUGACCCUUUCAACGACCGAGCUGUGAGCUGUACCCACGGGGCCACUGGGGCCGGGCUGCCGGUGGGAAAGCAGACUCUCAUUUCAACAUGCACAUGACUUUUUUUUUUUUUUUAAUGGAAAAGUGCAUAGGAGCUGCAAACCUACCCCACAUCUGACCUGGAUUUUCAGUCUUGGUGCUUGUUUUCCUUAAGGGGAGAGGGCCAAAAUGGAGUCUGGGGGCUGAGCUCCAUGCGUGCUGGUGUAUUUGAGCAGGAGAGCGGUGGGGCAGCCAGCAGGCUUCAUGUAGUUGGUUUUUGGAUGCGCCUAGGACACGGUAAAUUUUUAUCUCACUCCCUGGUAAAUUUUUAUCUCACUCCCUGGUGACUUUGAACUUAGCAGCAGGGUUGAGAGUGACAUCUCCCAGGAGGCAACUAAAUUCAGCUGGACCCUGGCACCCAUCAGAGAGAGGGGGUGGCAGAAGCAACCGUGAGGAAAACACACGUUUUGGAAGUAUCCUUCUAUUUUUUUGGAGAACGCGCAGUUUUAUCGCUUCACUAAGUGUGAAGCGUGCUGUAGUCUGAUGCUGUGUUGGAUCAUGUUGGUGUUUCCCAGCAUGCAGCUCUUUUGAAAACAGCUGAGAUUUUUGUUUUGUUUCGUUUUCUUAAACAUUCGCCCUCUUUCCCUGCUGUUCCGAUGCCCAGGGUGGUUGCUGCCUCCGUUGAGCUGCUGUGUCGCUUGGAGACCAGGUUGAUAGGUUUCUGAGUGAAAUGCAUUUUCUGAGUCCUGGGCUUUUUCUGGAGUGGAAAAGUGGGCACAGGUGGGUGACAUGGGGUCAGCAUAUGGUGGGUGUGUACCAUGGCCCGCAGGGUAAAAUGAUCAGGACCUAGCUCCCCUCUCCAUGCCAGCCCUCCAUCUGCCAGAAAUGCCCCCUCCACAUCCCUGGUCCGAGUUUGCAGUCUCCUGAGAAAUCUGGAGCAUAGGAUGUCAUGGCAUCUACUCACUCAGCUGGCUUCUGUGAGCAGAGGUUGUGGCUUUUUGAAUGCGGCGGGGGGCUCAAGGCCAGGGGGUCCCCCAGAGGUCUUAUGAAGAAUGGCAUCUGGCUCUAACUAGCUCUGUUCUCUAAAGGUCUGAUCUGUGGGGCUCUGAGGAGGAAAUGGACCUAGGCAAGCUGGAGUAGGGAGGGAAGACUGGAAGUGAGCCAGGUUUGAGCUUAGCUGGGUGCCCACGGAACCCAGACACACCAUCCCCAAACUCUGCAUUUUCAUCUUUCUUUUGUCCUCCCUUCUCUUCUCUGUUUAAAGCACCAUGUGGUUUAGCAACUUAGAGACAUAAUUUAUUGUCUGAUCAUUGUCGAGUGUGUGUGUGUCAUUUUUGUGUUCCUGCCAUGGUUUUAGAUUUCCUCCUCAAGUCAAACCAGAACCCUGUCCUUGUUCAUGAUACAGAGCACAUAGCUCAUUUUUGUUUAAUCAGAUAGCCAUUAAACGUUUCACUCGCUCCCUGCCA